UCCGGAGCGCGAUCCCCCCCCGGGCCCUGUCGCGACAGAGCCGGCGGCACCCGCGACAUGAAGGCGGCGGCCAGGACGCCGCGGAGGCCGAGGAAGGGCACGAACCCCGCGCUGAGGGACCCGGUGGGGGUAUACUGCCGGGUGCGGCCGCUGAGCCGUGCGGAUCACGAGUGCUGCAUCGAGGUCGUCAGCGACACCGCGGUGCAGCUGCACCCGCCCGACGCCUUCCGCGUCUGCCGCAACGGCGAGUACCGCGAGACGCAGUAUUCCUUCAAGGAAGUUUUUGGGACGCUGGUGGAGCAGAAGGAGCUCUUUGACGUGGUGGCCAAACCGCUGGUGGAGGAUCUGAUCCGUGGAAAGAAUGGUCUCCUGUUCACCUACGGAGUGACGGGCAGCGGGAAGACGCACACCAUGACGGGAUCUCCCGGGGACGGGGGGCUCCUGCCCCGCUGCCUGGCCAUGAUCUUCAACAGCAUCGGCCCCUUCCAGGCCAAGAGAUUCGUUUUCAAGCUGGAUGACAAGAACGGGGUGGAUGUGCAGAGCGAGGUGGAGGCUCUGCUGGAACGCCAGAGGAGAGAGGCUCUGCCCAUCCCAAAAACUCCGGCUGGAAAGAAGCAGCUGGAUCCCGACUUUGCCGACAUGAUCGACGCCCACGACGGCUGCCGGGCGGAGGAGGUGGACGAGGACAACGUCUACGCCGUCUUCGUCUCCUACGUCGAGAUCUACAACAACUACAUCUACGACCUGCUGGAGGAGGCUCCCUUCGACUCCAUCAAACCCAAGUGGAACAGUUGCAACACCCCUGUGAGAAAUGGAGACUUUGUACCUCCCCAGUCCAAAAUCCUCCGGGAAGACCAGAACCACAACAUGUACGUGACGGGCUGCACUGAAGUGGAGGUCAAAUCCACGGAGGAAGCUUUCGAAGUCUUUUGGAGAGGGCAGAAGAAGCGGCGCAUCGCCAACACGCAGCUCAACCGGGAAUCCAGCCGCUCCCACUCCGUCUUCAUCAUCAAACUGGCGCAGGCUCCUCUGGAUGCGGACGGGGACAACGUGCUCCAGGAAAAGGAGCAGAUCACGCUGAGCCAGCUGUCCCUGGUGGAUCUGGCAGGAAGUGAGAGAACCACCAGGACCAAAGCCGAGGGGAGCCGGCUGCGGGAGGCAGGGAAUAUCAACCAGUCACUGAUGACGCUGAGGACGUGCAUCGAGGUUCUGCGGGAGAACCAAUUGUACGGAACAAACAAGAUGGUUCCAUACAGAGAUUCCAAACUGACUCAUCUCUUCAAGAACUAUUUCGACGGAGAAGGGAAAGUCCGGAUGAUCGUGUGUGUGAAUCCCAAGGCUGAGGACUACGAGGAAAGCCUGCAAGUGAUGCGCUUUGCCGAGAUGACGCAGGAGGUGGAGGUGGCCCGGCCCGUGGACCGGCCCCUGUGCGGGCUGACGCCGGGGCGGCGCCUGCGCAACCAGGCCUUCCGCGAGGAGCUCUCCCGCAAGCUGCAGCUCCGGGGCGGCCCCGUGGCGGCAGGACCAGAGGAGCAAUCUGCUGCCGAGCUCUUUUUCCAGAGCUUCCCUCCCCUGCCUUCCUGCGAGCUCCUGGACAUCAACGACGACCAAACGCUCCCAAAACUGAUCGAGACCCUGGAGCAGCGCCACAAAAUGAGGCAGAUGCUGGCAGAGGAAUUCGCCAAAAACGUUCUUGCCUUCAAAACGAUGCUGCAAGAGUUUGACUCCAGUGUGGCAUCCAAGGAAAAUUAUAUCCAGGGAAAACUGGCUGAGAAGGAGAAAACCAUCACGGGGCAGAGGACGGAGAUGGAGAGGCUGGAGAAGAAGAUUAAAACCUUGGAGUACAAGAUGGAGAUCUUGGAGAAGACGGCCACGAUUUACGAGGAGGACAAGAGGAACCUGCAGCAGGAGCUGGAGAGCAAGAGCCAGAAGCUGCAGCGGCAGGCGUCGGAUAAGAGGAGGCUGGAGGCCAGGCUGCAGGGAAUGGUGGCAGAGACCUCCCUCAAGUGGGAGAAGGAAUGUGAGCGGCGGGUGGCAGCCAAGCAGCUGGAGAUGCAGAACAAGCUGUGGGUGAAGGACGAGAAGCUGAAGCAGCUCAAGGCCAUCGUCACCGAGCCCAGAGCCGAGCGGCCGGAGAGGCCUUCCCGGGAAAGGGAGCGGGAAAAGCCUCUCCCAAGAUCCGUGUCUCCGUCCCCCGCGCCCGCUGUUCCGGUGGCGCCGCUGCGGCCGCGGCGUUCCCGCAGCGCCGGCGAGCGCUGGGUGGAUCACCGGCCCGCCGGGCACGUGCCCACAGAGACGCUGCUGCAGCCGCGCGUGCCCAGGGCCAUCACGGUGGAGGCGCCGAGCGAGCGUGCCCUGGCCCGCUGCGACCGCUACCUGCUGACCCACCAGGAGCUGGCCUCCGACGGCGAGAUCCAGACCAAGCUCAUCAAGGGGGACGUGUUCAAGACCCGGGGCGGGGGCCAGGCCGUGCAGUUCACCGACAUCGAGACGCUCCGGCAGGAAUCUCCCACCGGGCGGAAGCGCCGCUCGUCCCCGCCCGACGCCGACCCCGCGGGCUCGGAAUGCACGGACGUGGAAACCAGGUGCUCCGUGGCCGUGGAGAUGAGGGCGGGAUCGGCGCUGGGCCCGGGAUUCCAGCACCACGCCCAGCCCAAGCGCAGGAAACCCUGAGCUUUUCCUGCUGGAAUCCCGGAUUUUCCCGGCCUGAGGAAUUCUCCGCUGCCGCUGCUCCUCAGGAACCGCUUUGUGCUCAUUCCCAGAGGUUUUUCGGGAAGCCGGGAAACGCUUCCCUAGGCGAUCCCAAAGAGAUUCUGGACGGAUCUGACCUUUUCCAUAGAUUUAGGGAAAUCCUAAAGGUCCCUCUGGAAUUCCAAACGGAGCUGGAUCCGUACAGAGCUACCAGGCUUGUCCCUGGGAGAUUUUUCCAGCUUUUUCCCAGUUUUUUUUGGUCCCAAAUCCAUCUUUUCCGGUCAUUCCCUCUCUUUUGGGAGACCCGAGCUGCAGUCCAGCACUUUAAGGGUGUUUUUGGCCAUUCCCGAUUUUACCGGGGCCAGGAAAAACCCGGGAAUACGGAUUUCUCCUGGCGAGAAGGAAGUUGGGAUACUGAAGGUGUCACUGAGCUGCCGGAACAUUCCAGAGUCCCUCGGAAAUCCUGGGAGCAGCGGGAAUUCCCUUCCCGCCUGUUUUGGGAAUUCUGGGAUG